AAUCAUGGCAGAAGAUGAGAUUUUAGUCCUGAAAUCAAUUUAUUGUUUACCUGGAGAAGUUCAAGUCAUCGAUGAAGCAAAUGGUGCCAAAGAAAUUACACUUAAUGUUUGUAAGGGUGAAUUCAAACCACAGGCAAAAGUUGUUUUCAGUAUUCCAUCCAAAUACCCCUUAGCCACACCACAUAUCUCACUUUUUUCAGAAAAUAUUGAUCCCAAGAACAUUAAACAUAUUCGUUACAAACUUUACAGUCUUGCUGAAAACCAUAAAGGAUCACCAAUGCUUAUGAACCUGAUUGACUUUCUGCAACAGGAGCUCUUGGGUGUGCCACCAGUGUUAGAUAAUCAUUCCGCAAAGAUGAGGUGUCAUGCACCUGAAUUGUCUGGUAGAUCAUUAUCUGAAGAAGAUGGUGAAAAAAGUGAUUUCUUCAAUGGGACAAAAUAUCAACAUGAAAUGGUUUCAACCAUUCUUUUAUAUAUAGACCAUAUGCGAGCUAAAACCAAGUAUGUAAAGCUCAUAGAAAAAUGGGUUAAAGAACUAGAAUUGACUGGCAGGCUUCUGUUCUGUAAUAGACUUAUUCUUCUUCUUCUGCAGGGAGAAUCGGAUAGACUGAAGGAAUAUAUCACUAAACACAAGACAUCAAUUGUUGAUGUUGACUCAAAAGGUCAUCCAUGCAAAGAGAAGAUGAUGUCAGUGUUGUGUAACAAACAACUGGACAAUCAGAGCAGUUUUUCAGAUUUUGAAGUUGUUGAGUAUGCUUGUCUUGAAGAUCUGCGGGAAGCAUUUCAAAAAUACAAGAUGGACAAUUUAUUUGAGAAUUAUGUUUUAGGAAUUAAAGGACUGAAAUUCAGUUGAAUGUACAAUAAUAUAUUAAAGUUGAAGGCAAGUGACUGGUAAAAUUAAGCCAGCAUAAUAUGAAACACUGUGGCCUAUACUGGCCCCACAUCUCUGAAAGUGGUAGCAGGUCGGUGUAAAUAUUGACCCUUUAAGGCGAUGCCACACAAUAUAAAUGCCUUGUGCAAGAAUAGCUCUUUGUCACAAGACAAACUUAUGAUUUCAUCAGUUGCUAUGCAGUAGGCUAAUCUUGUAUGAGGCACUUGCAUUGUGUGGCAUUACCUUGAGCUAUGGGUGUAUGAGAUGACAUGGCAUAAAUUUUAGUCUUUACUCCGAUAAAUGCUUAAUUCUCUAGUCACCCAGAUUCCAGUCUUGCACAUAUACAUGUAUGAAUGUUUAUACCCAUUGCUAAAUUAUUAAUGAACAAAUGUGCGUGUAGUUGCUGAAACAGUUGUAUGUUGGUAACAAGAAUCAACAGAUUUAGCAUCAAAAUCUGGACUUAUUAUUGUUUUUAACAAAUUAUUAUAAAGAAAGAAUUGUUAAUUUGAAUAAAAAUAAAUAUUUUAG